AUGGUUACGAAUCUUCUUUUCGAAGCACCCAACGGCUACGCCCUGUGCGAGGUUCACGGCGUCGAUGAGAUCGGUCAGAACACUGAGGCGGUUCGAGCCUCUGUUUCGGACCUUAGUCGGUUUGGUCGGGUCGUCAAGCUCAUUGCUUUUCAGCCCUUAGAGUCUGCACUUGAUGCUCUCAACCAAAUCAACGCCGUCUCUGAAGGGUAUAUGACUGACGAGCUGAGAAGUUUUCUGGAAUUGAAUCUCCCGAAAGUCAAAGAAGGCAAAAAACCCAAUUUUAGCUUGGGAGUGUCCGAGCCUAAAAUCGGUUCUUGCAUCUUUGAAGCCACGAAGAUUCCUUGCGAGAGCAAUGAUUUCGUACACGAGCUUCUUAGAGGUGUUCGUCAGCACUUUGAUCGAUUCAUCAAGGACCUCAAGCCUGGUGAUCUUGAAAAGGCUCAACUUGGAUUAGCUCAUAGCUACAGCAGAGCAAAGGUCAAGUUCAAUGUUAACAGAGUGGAUAAUAUGGUUAUCCAAGCUAUUUUCCUGAUCGAUACUCUUGAUAAAGAUAUCAAUUCUUUUGCUAUGAGAGUCAGAGAAUGGUACUCGUGGCACUUCCCUGAGCUAGUGAAGAUAGUAAACGACAACUACCUUUACGCUCGAGUUUCAAAGAUUAUAGAGGACAAGUCAAAGCUCUCUGAAGAGCAUGUUCCAAUGCUUACUGAAGUUCUUGGUGAUGAAGACAAAGCAAGAGAGGUCGUUGAGGCUGGAAAAGCAUCUAUGGGCCAGGACUUGUCACCGAUUGAUUUGAUGAAUGUCCAGACCUUUGCACAGAGAGUCAUGGACCUUGCUGAUUACAGAAAGAAGCUGUAUGAUUACCUCGUUGCUAAAAUGGUCGACAUUGCUCCGAAUUUGGCUGCCUUGAUUGGGGACAUGGUUGCAGCGAGGCUGAUUUCACACGCGGGAAGUCUGACAAAUCUUGCAAAGUGCCCGUCUUCGACUGUCCAGAUUCUUGGAGCCGAGAAGGCGCUCUUCAGGGCUUUGAAGACACGUGGAAACACGCCAAAGUACGGUCUGAUAUUCCAUUCUUCCUUCAUUGGCCGUGCGUCUUCUAAGAACAAGGGCCGUAUUGCUCGUUACCUAGCCAACAAGUGUUCUAUUGCUUCCCGGAUUGAUUGUUUUGCUGAUACUAGCACCACAGCUUUUGGUGAGAAGCUUCGUGAACAAGUAGAGGAAAGGCUCGACUUUUAUGAUAAAGGUGUUGCUCCACGUAAGAAUGUCGAUGUGAUGAAAGAAGUGAUUGAAAAUCUUGAGAAGAAAGAUGAAGCAAUGACUGAUGAUGCCUCAGAAGACAAAAAGGAGAAGAAAGAGAAGAGGAAGAUAGAGGAGACCGUAGACAAUGAGAAAUCAGAGAAGAAGAAGAAGAAGAAGAAGAAAAGCAAAGCAACUGAUGAGUCUCAAACCAAGAAGAAAAAGAAGAAAACUAAGACAGAAGAUGAUGAAUGA